GAAGAGACACAGCUUCUGUCUUCACUCCCAUUCAGCCACAAGAGUAUUAGCGAGGUCCAAGUCUGAUGUAGGGUGAUCAGGUCUGGCUCAUGGUCGGUGUUCAAGUUCAUCCCAAAGAUUGUUGGAUGGGGUUGAGGUCAGGUCUCUGUGCAGGCCAGCCAUCUCCGUCCAUGCUAAACUGGGAAAACAAUUUCUUUACGGCGCUGGCUUUGUGCACGGGAGUAUUGUCAUGCUGAAACAGGAAAGGGACAAACACAUACUGUUGACACAAAGUUUGAAGAACUCUAUUGUCUAAACCAGUGAUUCUCAAAGUGGGGUCUGUGGCACUCUCUCAGGGGGUCCGCAAAAUAAUUUGCUAUAAAUUAUAAAAGUGUGCUGUAUCAUUAAAAAGUCCAUAUCUACAGAUGGGGACCAUUUGCGCCAAUAAAACAAGCAUAUUGUGUCCAUUACUCCCAUCAAAAAUCACCUUCUUACAAUUUAUGAUAUGGAUGUUUUCCCAAAUAUAUACUUUUUAUAGAUACAGUUUAGAGAGGAGAAACCUUCCACACCAUUUCAGGUCUUAUUUUCAAAUGAAUUCACACCCUUAUCUAAUCUUUAUCUCAGGGCCGGCUUAAGGCGUAGGCCAUAUAGGGGGUCGCCUCAGAUACCACCUUCGUUCGCCGUUUAAAAAAAUAAAAAAAUAAAAAAAAUAAUUUAAAAAAAUACUUGUGGGCGCCCUUCCCCAUUUUCUGCAUUGAGGUAACAAAUGAACAAAUAAAUAAAUAAAAAAGAAAUACACUUCCCCCCCCGUUACUCGUUGUAGUAAAACCGACUAAUUACUUUUUAGCCAACAAUAUGAGGGACCAAUUCUUUAUUUAUAUUAUAAUAAAUGCAGUUAUUUUGAAAAUAAAAAUGGUGGAUGUAUGUUCAACAUAUAAUUGUAUGUCAAUUGGCUAACUUCAUCAAUAAGUUUUUUUUUUUUUUAUUUGAAUAUUUCCUUGUAGUAUAGAGUUCAACUUCUCCCAAGCAACAGAUGUACUUGUUUUACUUUGAAAAGGUUAACCGGAACUUUCGUCCUCCUACCUAGUGUUUGGUGUACGCUGGACGCCCAGCCGAUGUAUAAUAGGUUUUAUUACAACUCCUUUCUUGUUUUAUCUAUUUUAAUAAUAAAGUACCAGCUAAACCAGUUCCUGCCUCGUAGCUUCAUUGACCAGGGUCGCUACAAUAUUUUGGUAUAAUAAACACAAAAACAUGUGUUCAUAAACAUGCUCUUAUUUUGAAAGUUAUCACGGAAGACUUUUUUUUAUUCCGUGUAACUUGACCCCGGUGUGGCGGCUCGCUCUCCUCCCUGUUGCUAUGGAAACAGGGCCGGUCCAGGUGGAGCCACUGACUGGCGUCUUCUCCGUCACGUGGGGGUCUCUGGGUCUCUGAGCGGCGGAGAAAGUAGCGGUAGUGUCUCUGUCUCUGUCUCUGCGUUCACACUAACGGAGGAGACUUUGUGAGAACAACCUGCUCAGCCGUCAUUCCUCCUCGAUAACCGAUAAAAGAGAGGCUGACAGCGGUUUGUCGUCCUCACCUGGACGGCGGGACGAGCUGGUUCAAAGAAGGUAAAACAGAAGAAUCAUUCUUUUCACUGGAAACGAGUCUUUAGGGGACAGACAUGUUGUUUGUGGACGCUUUCUGGAGGGACAUAUAUGUUGACUCCUCGUGCUGACGGUGUUUCCUCCGCUGUAGUGUUUUAGUGAUAAACUGACAUUAUUUUACCCGGGGUUUUACUGGCUGAAGAAGCCUCCUGUAGCUCGAGCUGAAGCGGUGACGCCUGUAUAUAUCUGAGCUCGUUCUGAGGACUGAGGACAGAGGACCGGGGACCGGGGCAGCCAGCCGGAGGACAAACACCCAGGAAACAUGAUGCAUCAUGGAGUCUGAUCAUCUCAACUUUGAGCAACAAUUAGAUGUCGGGUCCAGUGAGGGCACGGACAGCAGCAGCAUCACAGACGAGCAGAUAACAGACUAAUCCUCCCUCUCUUUAGUCUGUUGUGAAUGUUUGACUCUCCUGCUCGUGGACGUUACACGCACCUAAAGGACCUGGUGGACCUGGUGGACCUGUGGGACGGGGCAGUGUGUGUUGUGAUGCUCCAUCUCUUUUCAGGUGUCACUUUUGGUUUCUCCAGUAAGAUCUGUGCUCUCCCACAAUGGCUCGCUUCAAAGGCGUUCGGGGGUUCGGAGCACGCAGUCCCGCGGGCCCGCCGGGCAGAGGGGCCAGCCGGCAGCCGGGGCCUCCUCCUCUGGGGGUCCCCAGGGUGUACAAGCAGACCAUGGCCCAGAGAGCCAGGACCAUGGCCAUCUACAACCCCAUCCCCGUCAAACAGAGCUUCCUCACCGUCAACCGCUCUCUCUUCAUCUUCAGCGAGGAUAAUUUCAUACGGAAAUAUGCCAAAAAGAUCACCGAAUGGCCUCCAUUUGAGUACAUGAUCCUGGCCACCAUUAUAGCAAACUGCAUUGUGCUGGCCUUGGAGCAACACCUACCGGCCUCCGACAAAACGCCAAUGUCAGAGCGUUUGGACGACACAGAGCCCUACUUUAUUGGAAUAUUUUGUUUCGAGGCUGGCAUCAAGAUCAUCGCCCUGGGCUUUGCCUUUCACAAAGGCUCCUACCUGCGUAAUGGCUGGAAUGUAAUGGACUUUGUGGUGGUCCUAACAGGGAUCCUGGCCACUGUGGGCGCUGAUUUUGAUCUAAGGACAUUGAGGGCAGUGAGAGUUCUACGGCCGCUCAAACUGGUCUCCGGCAUUCCAAGUCUUCAGGUGGUAUUGAAGUCCAUUAUGAAAGCCAUGGUACCUCUGCUGCAGAUCGGCUUGCUGCUCUUCUUCGCCAUCCUCAUGUUCGCCAUCAUCGGCCUCGACUUCUACAUGGGCAAGUUCCAUAGCACCUGCUUCAGAACAGACACAGAUGAGCGAGUAGCAGAUUUCCCCUGUGGCCUGGAGGCUCCGGCGAGGACCUGCAGCAACGGCACCACCUGCAAGGAGUACUGGACCGGACCCAACUUUGGCAUCACCAACUUUGACAAUAUCCUCUUCGCUGUUCUCACUGUUUUCCAGUGCAUCACCAUGGAGGGAUGGGUGGACAUUCUCUACAAUGCCAACGAUGCCUCAGGAAACAUGUGGAACUGGCUGUACUUCAUCCCCCUCAUCAUCAUCGGCUCCUUCUUCAUGCUCAACCUGGUGUUAGGUGUGCUGUCAGGGGAGUUUGCCAAGGAGAGAGAGCGGGUGGAGAAGAGGCAAGAGUUCCUGAAGCUCCGCAGACUACAGCAAAUAGAAAGAGAGUUAACAGGGUACCUGGAGUGGAUCUGCAAAGCAGAGGAGGUGAUGCUGGCUGAGGAAGACAAGCACGCAGAGGAGAAGUCUCUGGAUGGAGCGUGGUACAAAAGGAAACACAACAACUCUGUGCUGAAAAGGACCAAGAAGAGUAAGAAUGACCUCAUCAAUGCAGAGGAAGGCGAGGACCACUUCACUGACAUCUCAUCUGUUGCUCCAACUGCCCCCCCAGGGUCGCCGUUCGCCCGGGCCAGCUUGAAGAGCAAGAACGAAAACUCGUCUUACUUCAAGAGGAAAGAGAAGAGGAUCCGCUUCACCAUUCGCCGCCUGGUCAAGUCCCAGAGCUUCUACUGGAUUGUGUUGUGUCUGGUUGGCCUCAACACGUUGUGUGUAGCCAUAGUACACUAUGACCAGCCGGACUGGCUCACCUUUGCACUAUACCUGGCAGAGUUUGUAUUCCUGGGCCUGUUCCUGGCAGAGAUGUCCAUGAAAAUGUACGGCCUCGGACCCCAGAACUACUUCCACUCCUCGUUCAACUGUUUUGACUUUGGGGUGAUUAUUGGCAGUAUUUUUGAGGUGAUCUGGGCUGCCAUCAAACCCGGGGCCUCAUUUGGGAUCAGUGUCCUGCGGGCUCUGAGACUGCUCAGGAUCUUCAAAGUCACCAAGUACUGGAACUCUUUGAGGAACCUGGUCGUGUCCCUUCUGAACUCCAUGAAGUCUAUCAUCAGCCUGUUGUUCCUCCUCUUCCUUUUCAUCGUGGUCUUCGCUCUGCUGGGCAUGCAGCUGUUUGGUGGCCAAUUUAAUUUUGAAGACGAAACGCCGACAACCAACUUUGACACAUUCCCAGCAGCGAUUCUCACCGUCUUCCAGAUCCUAACUGGAGAGGACUGGAACGCAGUCAUGUACGAUGGCAUCAAAUCACAUGGGGGCGUUCCAGGGGGAAUGUUCUCCUCCAUUUAUUUCAUCAUUCUCACGCUCUUUGGAAACUACACGCUCCUCAACGUGUUCUUGGCCAUUGCUGUCGAUAACCUCGCAAAUGCCCAGGAGCUCACUAAGGAGGACGAAGAGGAGCAAGAGGAGGCCAUCAAUAAGAAGCUCGCACUCCAGAAGGCCAAGGAGGUAAAGGAGGUCAGCCCCUUGUCAGCCACUAACAUUUCCAUCACAGCUUUUCUAACACGCAGUCGAGGUAACGCGCACUCUAGCAGCUCAUCCAUCUGCAGCGUUAACUCACUGAGUUAUGUCUGCACCCCAGUCCAUCAAUACCUGAGUAAGGAGCAGCAGAAGUCGAUGAAGACGAUGUCAGUGUGGGAGCAGAGGGCCAACCAGCUGAGGAGGCAGAACCAGGCGAGCUGCGAGGCCCUCUACAGUGAGCUGGAUCUUGAGGAGCGUCUCCGCAUGUCCUCGGCCCUCAACAUCCGGCCCGACAUGAAGACCCACCUCGACCGGCCGCUGGUUGUCGAGCCUCACGACGGGCCUUUGGUGGCCGGCCACCAGCACCACCAUCACAAGCCCGGCAUGCCGGAGGAGGCAGUGACUGCCACUGACCCUCCUCCUCCUCCUGUACCUCACCAGCCUCGCCGCCACCACCGCCACAGAGACAGGGACAGGACCAGAACUAGAGAGGAGACGAAUGAUAACAGUGGCAACAGUAAGGACGGGGGCCACCACGUUCAUCACAGCCGCUCCAAAGACCACGACGGCAGCCGGGACAAAGAGGAGAAGAGCGAGAGGUCUCGCAGCCGAGAGGGAGGCAGGAGACAUCACCAUCAGAGCUCGGUGGACGACAGCGGAGGUGGAGGAGUCACGAGCGAGAGAGAGCAUCGGCAUCAUCAUUCACACCGGCAGUCCCGAGGGGGUAACGGGACAGUGAACAGUGGAGGGAGGGGAGAGCACAGAUCCCGCCGCAAGGAUGGACAUUCGUCUAACAGGGAUGGGGAUAGGCAUUCCAGAGGAGACAGUGGUGCCAAUGGAGAGAGGAGGAAACAUCGGACUCAUGGAUCCAGGGGUCAGUCCACAGUGGAAGGAGAGGAGUCCAACGAGAGAGAGAAGACCCACAGUCACAGGUGUGGCGACUCAGAAGGGGAGUCCCUCGCCAUCUCCCCCCAGCAGGGCUCUGGGGGGGCCAAUUGGCCUCCUGACCGACCGGAGGACUCAGACAACCAGAGGAACGUCAAAAGAACUGGCCAAAGCUCCAUCCCUCCUGUGACUAUCACCUCCCCACCUGGAGACACCACCCUCAUACAAAUGAACAGUAUUGACUGUGAGACAAUGCCCAUGAAUGAGAAGACCCUGGGGGAUCUCAGUCAGUGUGGACCCAAACCCAUCCUGCCUUACAGUUCUAUGUUCAUCUUUGGACAGACCAAUCCGGUGAGGCGGUUAUGUCACUACAUUGUGACUCUGCGUUAUUUUGAGAUGUCCAUCCUGGUUGUCAUUGCUAUGAGCAGUAUUGCUUUGGCAGCAGAGGACCCUGUCUGGACAAACGCCCCUCGCAACCAGGUGCUCAAAUAUCUGGACUACGCCUUCACUGGUGUUUUCACGUUUGAAAUGGUGAUCAAGAUGGUGGACCUUGGCCUGUUGCUUCAUCCCGGAGCCUACUUCAGAGACCUGUGGAACAUUCUGGACUUCAUAGUGGUCAGUGGGGCGCUGGUGGCUUUUGCAUUUUCGAGCUUCAUGGGAUCGCAACAAGGUGUAACCAGGGGGACGAAAGGCAAAGACAUCAGCACUAUCAAGUCGCUGAGGGUUCUCCGAGUGCUCAGGCCUCUGAAGACCAUCAAACGUCUGCCAAAACUCAAGGCGGUGUUCGACUGUGUGGUCAAUUCUUUGAAGAACGUGCUGAACAUCCUCAUUGUGUACAUGCUCUUCAUGUUCAUCUUUGCUGUCAUCGCAGUUCAGCUCUUCAAGGGGAAAUUCUUCUACUGCACUGACGAGUCCAAAGGCCUGGAGAAGGAUUGCAAAGGACAGUUUCUAGACUACGACAAAGACGAGGUGGCUGCCAUGCCCAGAGAGUGGAAAAAAUAUGAGUUCCAUUAUGACAAUGUGCUGUGGGCCUUCCUGACCCUCUUCACUGUCUCUACUGGGGAGGGCUGGCCAACUGUCUUGAAGCACUCUGUAGAUGCUACCUUUGAAGACACAGGUCCCAGUCCAGGCUACCGGAUAGAAAUGGCUAUCUUCUACGUCGUCUACUUUGUGGUCUUCCCUUUCUUUUUUGUCAACAUCUUCGUCGCUCUGAUAAUCAUCACCUUCCAGGAGCAGGGAGACAAGGCCUUGUCUGAGUGCAGCUUAGAAAAGAACAAGAGGGCUUGUAUUGACUUUUCCAUAAACGCCAAACCUCUGACACGCUACAUGCCCCAGAACACGCAGUCCUUCCAGUACAGGAUGUGGAAGUUGGUGGUCUCACCUCCAUUUGAGUACUCCAUCAUGAUCAUGAUCGCUCUCAAUACUGUGGUACUCAUGAUGAAGUUCUAUAAAGCUCCAGACUUCUAUGAAGCGAUGUUGAAGAACCUCAACAUCGUCUUCACCACUCUCUUCUCUCUGGAGUGUAUCCUCAAGAUCAUUGCUUUUGGCCCAUUGAACUACUUAAAGGACGCCUGGAACGUGUUUGACUUUGUCACAGUGUUGGGCAGUAUCACUGACAUCCUGGUGACUGAAAUCAAUACUACGAACAGGCUGCUGAACCUGAGCUUCCUGAGGCUGUUCAGAGCCGCUCGGCUCAUCAAGCUGCUGAGACAGGGCUACACCAUCCGCAUCCUGCUGUGGACCUUCGUUCAGUCCUUCAAGGCCCUUCCUUAUGUUUGCCUUCUGAUUGCUAUGCUGUUCUUCAUUUAUGCCAUCAUUGGGAUGCAGGUGUUUGGCAACAUUGAGAUGAAUGAGGACACAGAGAUCAAUCACCACAACAACUUCCGCACUUUCCUCCAAGCUCUCAUGCUUCUGUUCAGGAGCGCAACUGGCGAGGCCUGGCACGAGAUCAUGUUAUCGUGUUUGAGUCACCGAACCUGUGACGAGCGAUCGGGGUCCCAAGGGAAAGAGUGUGGCAGUGAUUUUGCCUACUUCUACUUUGUCUCCUUUAUCUUCCUCUGCUCCUUCCUGAUGCUGAACCUGUUUGUGGCUGUCAUAAUGGAUAACUUUGAGUACCUAACCAGAGACUCCUCCAUCCUGGGGCCUCAUCACCUCGAUGAGUUCAUCCGGGUUUGGGCCGAGUACGACCCGGCUGCAUGCGGACGGAUUUCCUAUAAGGAUAUGUACAAUUUGUUACGCGUUAUCUCACCCCCCCUUGGCUUAGGGAAGAACUGCCCUAAUAGGGUAGCAUACAAGCGCCUCGUCAAAAUGAACAUGCCCAUCGCUGAUGACAACAGCGUCCAUUUCACCUCCACCCUGAUGGCCCUGAUUCGCACUGCCCUGGAGAUCAAACUGGCCUCAGGCAUGGUAGCCCAGCGAUUAUCUGACGCUGAGUUAAAGAAGGAGUUGUCCACAGUGUGGCCCAGCCUCUCUCAAAAGACCAUGGAUCUAUUGGUGACGCCACAUAAACACAAUGAACUGACGGUAGGGAAGGUUUAUGCAGCUCUGAUGAUCUUCGACUACUAUAAGCAGAAUCGAGCGAGGAGGCUGCAGCUGCAGCAGCAACAGGGCGGGUCGGGCUCCCAGUGCAAGCUCGGGGCUCUGUUUAAGCCAUUGCUGCCUCUGACUCACAUGCAGGAGAAAGAUCUGCCUAUGAUGUUAAACAGUGUGGAGCCUCCCAGCAUGCUUCAGCCCCAGCCCAAAUCCCAUGCCAAGUCCCAGCCACAGACCAGACCUAGCUCCAACUCCCUCAACAAUGGAGGCACGCUGCCAGCACAUGACCACAACAUCAAGGCAUCAGCUUCCUGGGUGAUGGAGAAACCCAAGGAAGCGUCCCGAGCUAAGACUAAGAGAACCAUGUCCAGGGGCCCAUCAGAGGACACACCGGACACUGCCGUCGUUCAGGAGUCAGUGGAGAUGAGGAAGAUGGAGACCAGUGCCAGCAGCACGAUCCCAGUCCCUGGCUCAGGUCUGGAGAACCAAGGCAGAGCUGCUUCUAUGCCUCGACUCAAUGCUGAGCUGCAGCGGAGCCACUCACGCCACUCUCCAGGGAUCCAUCUAGCCUCUGUUCCUGAUGCCAGCCCUAUGAAGCGUUCAGCUUCCACUGUGGCCCCACAGCGGCCCCAGGAGGUCAACCUGAGGGACUACACCCUGGAGAAACCCAGCCAGGACCGACCCCACCACCAUCACCACCACCACCGCUGCCACCAUCGCAGAGACAGAGAUAAAGACAGAGACAGAGAGAAGAGGUCUUUGGAUACACCUCUGGGUGGACAACCACCCAACUCUGCUGGUGCACCAGGAGAGCCAGAGUCGGACCCAGCUGCCUCCAGAGAGCGAGCCCACGAACGCGGACGCUCCCACGACAGGAAACACCACUCCACGGCGGACAAGCAGCGCUACUACUCCUGCGACCGCUACUGCAGCCGGGAACACUGCCACACCAAAUCUGCCACCGCCAGCUGUGCCGCCUCCCCCAGCGAGGGGCAGGAAACCAGCAACAAGCAGGGCAGUGGUUGGGUUAAAGGCAGCCCAGUGGCACUGAGCUCCAGUUCUAGCACGCCGAGCCGCGGACGUCGGCAGCUCCCCCAGACCCCCCUCACCCCGCGGCCCGGGGUGGCCUUCAAGACUGCCAAUUCAUCCCCCGUGCACUUUGUGUCCAGCCAAGCCUCUCUGAGUCCCGGCCGGCUGAGCCGCGGCCUGUCGGAGCACAACGCCCUCCGGCACAGCGGCUCGCACCACUUCCCCUGCCCCGUCACUCGUAUCAGCUCCGAGCCCUUCCUGGGCCGGGGCCACGGCGAGGCCCUGGGCGGCCUCUCCGGCAGCCUCCGGGACCAGCUGGAUGUCUUUCAGGAUGCGGUGUCACUGUCGCCCAGCCCCCAUGCCGGACGCUCAUCUCGGACCGCACUGCCUCGCAUGAUGGGAGCCCUGCUUCCUGCUCCUCAGCAGAACCUCGGGGUGCCCAACGGGUACCACUUCAGCUUCGGGGGCAGCAGCAGCAGCCCAGGCUCCGGCGCCAGGGCACCCAGGUAUUACCAGGAGGCGGAGGAGGACGAAUGGUGCUAGCAUGGCUUUAAACCAACCUUUUUAAUGCAUUUUUGAGGAAUCGUGAUGAGUUUUAUCAUCUUCUUUGAAGGCUUUAGUUUACAUUGUUAAUGUGUGUGUUUAAUGCUGUAUUUUAAUCAGAGCUAAGGUUAGGGAGAACAUCGAAACAGAGAGAAAGCUUGAAGUGGGUAAUAUAUGAAUGUGAACAAAAAAGUGUCAUCUUUUAUCAAACGGCAUGUAGCAUUAUGAAACAGAGUAGACUUUUUUGACUUCAGUGUUUUGUUGACACCACCAUAUUGACCCUCAAACAACAUCACAUUAUAAACACAGACUAUACAUUAAGAUGAUAAUAUCCCCUGACACCGGAAGAAAAGGGAAGAUCCAAAGAAAGCUUUGGAUGAUAUAGAUAAACUACCUGACCUGCUGUGAGUCAUUCAUAACUCCUGUCUUUAUUCCAGGUACAUCACUCACGUAAAGACAAGUGCUGUUCCUCUUCAGGGUGAUUUGUUUCUGAUUACUGAGUGAGCGGUGAAGUUUGAUUCACAUUCAGGCAUGCAGCUCUAAACAUUCUUAAGGGGAGUCUGUGCAUCGAACUAUUUGGCUUAAUUUUACGAAAAGAAAUCUUCUUCUCUUAUAAAGUUGAUAAGACAUGUUAGCAAACAGUGGCAUUACUCAUACAGCAGACACAAAGCAACAUUAGCAUCCAUUUGGAAUCGUGUUUCUGACCACUGGAGAAUGUAAGUCCAGUAGUCACUCACGUUUUUAGCUUUGGUUUGGUCUCCACCAACUCCUGAGAAACAUAUCUGGUUGUGCUGGUAGCUGCUAAAUGCUGCACUAUUUUUCCCAGCUGGUCUCUAACUGUGUCUGUCUGCUGCUUUCUGCUGAGCAGGUAACGCACAGAUUAUCUGAGUGUUUUCACUGAAAACACCGGGUUGAUGACGGCGGUGAGACUGAAUCAAAAUUGUUAAUUGUUGAGCCAUCAAACCAAAACAUUGAGCUGAAAGAUGCUAAAACACUCUUUAGGCUGAGUGAUAAUCUCAUUGGGUUUGUCACACCUGUCACAUUGCACAUAAGGGCGGGCCAUAGGUCAAAUACUCAAUGUAUUGCAGCUUGGUCAACGUGGGAUCAAUGACUGUAGAGCAGACAUCGAGUACAAAUAUUAAUCGUCACAUCAUAUUUCGAAGCCACCGGCAUGAGACUCACUUUGGUGUUUUCCUUCUCCUGCGACUCUCUCCCUCCUGGAGAAUGUGUUUGGCGUAUGAGUAUGAAUGUGCGUAUGGGGCGUGUGUUUUUGUAUCUGGAGGGAACAGGGAAAGAGCCUGAAGAAGAAGUGAAGCGCCAAAGUGAGUUUAUACGUAUUGAGGUCGGAAAAGGUGAUGGAAGAUGCCAGCAUCCACUUUGAAAAAGACGGUCAAACUAGCCCCCACAUUGUUUUGUGGUAUAUGUGUAUAUAGUGGGCAUAGAGUGGUGCAGGAAUGAGUCCUAAAACCAGUUAAUGAAUUUGCAUGUUAGCACUUCAAGUUCCCUCGUCUCGAAGUCAAUGGGUUUUUAGUAACGUUUUGUUUUACGAUUAAAAAAUACGUCAGUAAAUAUCCCACUCGUGAAUUUUGGAGCCUUUAUACAUCUUAAAAAAGGUGGUUGCUAACAAGUGGCUAAAUGAAACUACAGAACUUCAUCAUACCGACUCGUCGACCUUUACAGCCUCGUUGUGUUUAUACUCACGCUCAUGUGUAGUUUGUUUAUAGCCUAAUGUUUUUACUUCUGGUGAUUGCAUUCACGCUUCAAAAAUCAUAAAAGUGGUGUUCAUUU